GCCAAUGGAUGAUGCCUUUGAACCCCAUUUCUUUGUGGAAGAAAAGUUUCAAGAUCAUUAUUUUCUCUGUUCUCUUUCAAAGAACGUCUUUUCUGUCAAAGGCCGCAGAAGAUGCACCCAGAAAGCCCCACUGGAGACCCAGGAGAAAAAGAACAGAAGAAAGAUCCCAAAUUAUUACCUUUUGUACAGUCUCAUUCAGACUCUGGCCCAGGCCUUGAACUCUGCCUAUUCCUCCAGAUGGAGGAGGGGAAGGAAGGAGGGCGAAGGGAGGUUGGGGGCUCCAAGGCUGCAGCCGUGGCAGUUCCAUCCUUUCCUGCAGAAGAAUCAGUUUUACAAUAUUUCUCAGAGGAAACUCUACUUGGAUCAAAAUGGAGAUGUAGCAGCAGAUCUGGGAAUUGUGAGCUGGUUGAUUCUCCCCAAGGGGGAUCCCAUCAAACUUCGAAUGGGGGCUUUGCAAAGACAGAGACUUAAUAUCUUCCAAGAUGCUCUUUCACAGCUAAAGUUGCUCAACAAGUCCCUGCCUCAGUCCAAAUGUGUGGAAAGUUGCCAUCCUGGAUUUGUCAAGAGGGCUCGAGAAGGAGAGCCAGUUUGCUGCUAUGAUUGUGUUCCUUGUCCGGAGGGGACCUUCUCCACUCAAAAAGGUACACAUCUGGAACUGCUGGAUGGCCUUAUGGUGUGA